AGCACACCCUCGUGCACAUACAAUAAGCAGAUCCGGUCCUUUCGUUUUCAUUUCCCGGAAGGUUACUUAAAAUAUAUCAUGCGAUCCUAAAAGUACUGAAAGGCUACCGUCGACUCAGUUUCAAUAUUCGGCCUUACCGUAGGCUAAAGACGAAUUUAUAGACUUCGCUGUUAAAGUUGCUUUAGCAAUUCAAACUAGUCAACUGUUAAAUUAACAGGAUUUGGGAAAAGUGGUUUUCUUCCAUCUCAGGUAAAGGAACAUGAGUGACGGCUCCUCACAACUACCUUUUAUCAAGCAGGAUUGUGGGGGGAGAAGCAGCCCCCAAGCUGCUUGUUCGCCCGCUUCUCCCGCGGCAGUUACGGUCCCGCGCAGCCCAGUAUCUUCCGUAUAUCCUGGUGCUCACGAGGAGCUCUGUCGGCUCCCCGGAAGACUUCGCAUAAACCCGUCUCUAUGGGGUAAGGACGACGUGAGUCACUGGCUGCACUGGGCCCAGAAAGAGUACUCACUGCGCAGGACGGACCAGGCCAAGUUCGAGAUGAAUGGCAAAGCCCUCUGCCUCCUGACCAAAGAAGACUUCCGCCUGCGCUGCCCUAGUUCAGGGGACGUCCUGUACGAGCUUCUGCAGCAGGUGAAGCAGCAGAGGCGGGCCAUGGUGUGCUGCUACCUCCCCAGACCCUCGCAGAGACCGGGCGCCCCUUCGCCUCCGCAUAGAGACACAAACGGGAGCGCAGUUCCCCCUGGCCUGUCCUACAGGUCAGUCCCUGUGUGCGAGGGGAACCUACACCCCAACAGCUCGACCAUUGCCACGCAUAAGAAUGACCAUUUCCAGGACCUUAGGGAACUGUCUUCACCUCCUUUCACCUAUCCCAGGCAGCAGACACAUUUAGGAGAACUCUCUGUCCAAUCAGAUUUGCAGAGGAACCUGGCCCAGACUACUGCUGAGUCUGAACAGCACCUGUCGCCCGCGGCGACCGCACAGCACACCGGCUCCCUGGCCCGGCCCGGCCUACCCACAGUCCUCUGCUGCAAAGAGGAGCCUCUCAACCUGUCCAGCAGGGCGGCGAACCCCAGUUCUAGGAGCACUACCCAGCCCAGCGAAGCCAACGGCAAGAUUCCAGACUGCCGGCUGCUCUGGGACUACGUGUAUCAGCUGCUGUCCGACAGCCGCUACGCGCCCUUCAUCCGAUGGGUAGACCCAGAGUCCAUGGUGUUCCGGGUGGUGGAUCCCAACGGGCUGGCCCGGCUGUGGGGGAACCACAAGAACAGGGCUAAUAUGACCUAUGAGAAAAUGUCCAGAGCACUACGACACUACUACAAGCUCAACAUCAUUAAGAAAGAGCCUGGUCAGAAACUGCUAUUCCGGUGAGUUCUCAUACAGACGACACAAAAUGUUGACACUGCAAUUUCUAUACGAGUCAAGAAUCAGUGUGAUUGCUUUUAUUGUCAAAAAAAGAAAAAAUAAUAAUAAUAAAUUCUCAUAACAUGUCUCCCAAAUUAGUGGAUUAAAGGUAUGGUAAACGCAUACUACACUGGCCAAUGAUAUGAAUGGACAUUAUAUAAGCAAUGAAUAUGCAUUCAGCCGUGAGUACAAUGCCCUGGCUGUCUCUUAAAGAAGGACCACAAUGGUAUCAUGUGCUUUACUGAUGGUUGCACCAAAUGCAUCUUCGACUAGCUGAAACUAAAGGAGUAGAGGUCGCAUGAUAACACAUCACUAACUAGGCAAUUCCCUCUUAUUUAAUGAAUUAUGGCCAUAAUGAAAUACAAGAUGCCAGCUGUAGCAAAAAAAUAUAUUUUAAGAAAGUGUCUUUAAAAAAAUAAAAUGAAAAUCUGAGCAUUAUGAGGGCAGGGGUUCUGAAUGAGAGGCUGAACAG